GUUACUUCUGAAAGAGGUAUCACAUCAUAAGGAUAUGAAUGUUUCUGUAAAGGACAAGUUGCCAACUAUUGCGUUGAAAGGAUUUGGAAUUAAUCCAGGACGUAAGAUUCGGAAUCGUCAGAUUUUCUUGGUUUCAAACCAUCCAUUUUGGUGAAAGGAAUAAAAGUUGACCUUGUGUGUGAUAGUAAUGGAGCACUUUAAAUACCAGGACCUUGAAGAACUCAAUGCUCCAUCAUCAUUAAGAUCCAUGGCGUUCAAAGGGAAAUUUGCGUUUGCUGUGAUAUUUAUUCAAAUAACUUUUAUAGUGGUGUAUGCGUUUUUUGUAAGCUACACUGAAGAUGCGGAUGCCUCCCAUCCAAAAAACCAUUUUCAGAAUUCGACGGAAAGUGAUUUACAUGCUUUGUAUCCAAUGUUUCAGGAUAACAAUGCCAUCAUCUUCAUCGGUGUUGGGUUUUUAUAUACAUUUCUGAAGAAGUAUGGCUACUCUGGCGUGGGAAUGAAUAUGCUGCUGGCAGCGUUAUCCAUCCAGUGGACCAUAAUCACGCACAAUUGGUGGAAUACAAAAGAUGGCAGAAUACACCUCGAUAUGACAAGUCUCCUGACCGGAGAGUUUGGUGCAGCAAGUGCAGUCAUUGCACUUGGUGGCGUUUUCGGCAAAGUCAGCCCUUUGCAGAUGAUCAUAUUCACAUUAUUCGAAGUACUCAUAUACACGACAAACGAGCACUUUUGCAUCAAAGGUUUUCAUAUUUCAGACGUUGCUGGUUCUGUGUCCUUGCAUAUGUUUGCAGGCAUAUUUGGCUGCUCCGUGGCGUAUGCUGUCGAUAGGAAAGUUCAUGUACAGAACAAUCCAAAUGAAAGUCCUAGCUACGAAUCUAAUAUAUUUUGCAUGCUAGGAACUGUAUUGCUGUGGUGCUUUUGGCCCAGUUUUAAUUCUAGUUUAUCAACGGGAGACGCUCAGUACAGAAGUGUCAUCAACACUUUCCUCGCUUUGCUGGGCAGUUGCAUGAUGGCUUUUGCUAUAUCAUCGCUAUUGCAUAAAGACAAAAAAUUCACAAUGGGUCAGAUACAGAAUGCAACUCUUGCAGGAGGUGUAGCUAUAGGAACCUGUACUGAUUUGAUGAUACAGCCCUUCGGAGCAUUGCUUAUAGGAUCCAUAGGUGGAACCUUGUGUGUUGUCGGAUUCAACUACUUAGCCCCUUUCCUUGCUAGAAUGAAUAUAUACGAUCCUUGCGGAAUUAAUAGCCUGCACGCGUUGCCAGGAUUUUUUGCUGGAAUCACAGGUGUUAUAGCAGCUUUAAUAGCCAAUGAGCAAAACUAUGGUCACAGUUUGUACAAGUUAUACCCAGCCAUGGCACCAAUGCACAAUUCCAGUGAAUUGAUGGAGAUAUUGAAAUAUUCUCCGGAUGUAGCUCCGGGUCUUGCAAGAACGGCACCGAUGCAGGCAUGUUUCCAAUUUCUCUACGUAAUAGAAGUCAUGCUAGUGGCUAUUUUGACCGGAUUAAUAACAGGAAUCUUUUUGCGACUACAAAUAUUCGAUCCUGUUGACGACAAACAAAUGUAUUUGGAUGAUCCAUUCUGGGUUGUGCCGGAAAUUAAGGACAAAAAGAGCAGUAUUUCUAAUCAAAUGAAUGACAGCAAAAUUUGAAGAAUAAUAAAAUAAUUAUUUUAAAAAACUGUAAUCUUUAUUUCAUUCUAUUGCCUCUCUAUGAUUUAUAAUUUAGUCUAAUAUGGUUAAUUUCAUCAACUUUAAAGAAUUUAUACGUAUAGAGUUCUAAAUGCUUACCUAAGGUGCUUAGGCUUUGAAUCAGAUUGAUGAUUCUGUUAAAUUUUAUCAUUUCUAUGACGCAUGUUUUGUAUUAUAAUCAUUUUCAUGGUCUCAAUUGUGCAAUGAUGUUGUUGUUUUUAAAUAAAAUAUUGUUUCCUUUUAGACAGAAAAAUAAAUUCUCUUUUUUUUUGUAUAA